AUGCUUUGGACAAGGCAGCUACUCCGAAAUCCUCAGUUGUUUUUUCGAAUUGGCCCGGUACUGCCUCGUAAUUCGAAGUCCACGAAUGUUCGCCAUGUGAAGUUCAAAAGACCGUGGAUCCGGAGGUUUUUCGCCACAUGCUUUCUUUAUGGUGCUGCAUUUCAUAUAUGGAGUUCGUCUGUUCUCGUGCAAUUCGAUGAUACUCUUGACAGUGCCGAUAUACCCCGAACAUCUGGUAUAGAUGGAAAAAUUGACGAUCAAGGCAAGAACGAAGGCGGCAGAACUCACGAACACCGCCUGGAAGAAUCGGAUGACGAAGAUGUCACUUUUAUCCCAUUGGGCUGGCCGCGUUUACGUGAGGCCGAAUUUUAUGCCGCAUCAGAUCCCGAAUGGCAGCAGUUCAUCAAGAUAUCUCAAGACCGCCAGAAGCUCCAAUCAUUAAGAGACGAACUCGCAACACUUGCCCUAGGCAAUGCUUCCAGAUCGACUCUACUCUCACACAUGCUUGGAGGACCCCUUACCAUAGCAGGGUUCUGGCUCGUACAUCAUUUUCCCUCUCGUUCGCCGCCUGAGUACGGACGUCCAGGUUUAGAGAUUGGCGAUAACUACAUAUCCUUGGUCUCUAGGCGAAUGUCUUCUGAAGAGAGUGACAGACUACGAAGAUUCAUGUGCCCCAUUUUUGUGGCUCUUGCUAUAAAUGAUGCUUUUCUGGUAUUCAUGAAAAGGAAGCUUUCCCGAUUUCAAAAUUCGGACUUUUACCAAGGAACCACACGGGGUGACCCGGUUUUGCGCCAACCAGACAAAACAUUUCCACCAGACUUACAACACGUGGAUGGACUAAGCCAUGUGUCGCGGCCUGAAACACAGCUACCAUUGUCUAGAAGCUCCCAGGGCGAUGUACCGCAAGGAAACGAAAAACCACGUCUUCACCCUUCAUCAAUCAUUUCCUCCCUACAGAGGCUCCCAUUACCUAAACUGGGGCCCGAUUCUGAUUUAUACGUUGCAUCAAUCGCUUUCAAGUGGAAACUGAACGAUUGUUGGGCUCACGAGGCCCACACUCCUCGCCGCGGUACAUUUUACGUCGCUGGUCCCGUGGGUCUCAAAGGUCCCAAGGGAUUUUGCAGAAUUGAAGUCAGAGGGGAAUAUGACCCGGGAACAUCUAGCUGGACGAAUGUCUCAAUGCACCUGAAAGAUCUAAACGUUUUUCACCAAAGAGCCCUUGGUGGCCGGAAAUAG